GUAUCUCAAAACAAGCAACCACACAAUGUUCAGCGCAGCAGCCCGGCGCACCAGCGCCUUGCCCCGAACCAUCAUCACACAUAACCACCACCACCAACAUGCGUUCUCAACACGCUCGAUACCUACUCGUCCACGCUCAGUCACCCCUAUCACCCGAACUGCCUCGAUCUUCCGACCCUCCGCCCUCCAAACCCGCCACCUCUCGCUCGGACAAAAGAUGAAACGCGGAUAUCAAGAAGCCUCCAAAGGCAUCUGGCGUAAGAACCCUAUUCUGAUGCCCCUGGCGUUGGUCUCCGUCGCCACAGCCUCCGGAAUAUUUGCCUACAUCGCCUAUGUCGAGGCCACCCAAGUGGCGCCACAAUAUCAUAAGUUUCCGGCACCGGUUGCGGAGCGGCUUCGCACGGCGAUCUACUAUACGGAUGUGGACUUGAACCCACACAAGGCGAUCAAGGCGUACAAGGAGGCGCUUCAUAUAGCGGGCGAAUUACAAAUGCAUCCGUUCUCGGACGAAGUAAUGGGGAUUAAGUUGCAGGUUGCGGUAACGCUCGAGAAGGCGGGACUUGUUCCUAAGGCGAUUGAUGUCUUGGAGAAGAUAAAGGCGGAUGCAUGCCACUGGACACAGAUAGGCAUUCAGUAUCAGGCUGAUCGGGGUGAGAGGCCCGAGGAUGCGAAGAAGGGCGAGGAGGCCGCGGAGCCGUUGAGUGCAGACCCGGCUAUCCUCGAGGCUUAUGAUAAGAUAAACGAGAUCGAAGCAUAUUCGGCGCAGCAACUGGACAAGACACUGGCGAAGAUUGUCGGAAUAUCGAUGAAGCUGGCGGAGCUGUAUCGGAGCGAUUACGUCCAGAAUGACGCCAAGGCGGAGGAAGCUCUAGAAUUCGCGGUGAACUUUUCUCUUCGGGAGAUGCAACGUCGGGCUAAGGCGGGCCGUCCUUUGGGUGGAGGCAACUGGAUGACCUUAACUGAGAUAGCAACGGCCCUGACGGAGCUGGGCAACAUGCACUACGAGAAAGACCAAAACAAUUAUGCCCUGCCCUUGUUUUUGCGCGCAUUGGACCUGGUCUCGGCCGAUGAAGGAAAAAACCCGUCCUGCAAGCAGGUGACGCUCAUGCACAAUAUCAGUGCUGCCAUCGGCAGUGCUGCCAUGACUGGUCGUCCGCUCGCGGAUCCGGGUGUCACGCGGGAAGAGGCUUUCGAGACGUCGCGCAAGUGGGCCCUGGAGGCCCUCAACAGGGCUAAGAAGAUCCCCGACGACGAGGAUGGCGAAUGCGAAGCCAGCUGCGCACUGUCCAUACUUAUGCUGGGAGAGCUGGCCGCGUUCCAGGACAAGCGUGGAGAAGCUACGAAGUAUUUAACCGAAGCCAGGGAAGCGUUCAAGAAGCUCAAGGAGGAUAAAGGUGUGGAACUUACCACGGAGAUCUUGAAAGAGGUGAAUAGCCGGAAAUGAAUGGGACCAAGUGAUGUUGACGGAAGAAAGAGGCCGAGGCCGCUGAUGAUACCCGCGCGGGAACAUGUAUAUUAUUGGGGUGUAGUAUAGCAUAGUAGCAUAGAAAUGUAGAGUGCCAUGUGGAAC